UUGGUCGUGUAUUAGUAACGUUCUGUUCUUCAAACCUCUUCAAUACAGCAAAGAAUAUUGUACAUAACGCACUAUCAUAAAAACAUUCAGUAUUCAAUUUGCAAUACAAAAAAUAAGACUAGAGGCGCAAUUGAUUUAACAACAAAGUACUUGAAUCUGUGAAGACAUUCAUUUUAACGGAGACUAGAAUAAAUACAGCGAAAAAUCAAUUCAACACGUGAGCAUAAACUGUUCGGGGAGUGGUGGUGCUUGCCAGUGCAUCAGACGGAAUCCAAUAGUGUCGAUCAUCAAUCGUGUCGAAUCAAGUUUAUUAAUCAGUUUAUUUGAUACCUUCGACAAGUUUCUGAAGGAGUUGGUUGACAUCCCGAGGCUGCACGCUGUGCUCAUUACACUGAGGAGGUUACGAAUAUGAGCUCUGGUGAUCCUUGGGCUUUUCCGGUAAAGCAGGGUCUUUAUGACCCGAGUUUGGAAAAAGAUGCUUGUGGUGUUGGUUUUAUUGUCGCUAUCGAUGGAAAAAGAUCGCAUAAGAUCGUAAGUGAUGCAGAGACCCUUUCAGCUCGUAUGAACCACAGAGGUGCAUGCGCCUGUGACAAUGAUACUGGAGAUGGUGCUGGUGUUCUCUGUGCAAUUCCCCAUGACUACUACGCAGAAGAAAUAUGUGAAAAACAGGGAAUUCAACUACCCGAGUUUGGAAAAUAUGCAACGGGUAUUUUAUUCCUCGAUAAGAGAACUCAUAAACAGACCGAGGCUGCUUUCGAGGAGCUAGCAGCAGAAUGCAACUUGAAGGUCAUUUGUUGGCGUGACGUACCAACAGACAAUUCUCACAUUGGCCAAGUGGCACGAAAAUGCGAGCCUUACAUGCGCCAAGUAUUCGUCACUGGCGAUCAAGAGGUGGAACUCCUCAACCGUCAGGUGUUUGUACUACGGAAGCGUUCAUCGCACACUAUACCACAGCCUGGUCUACGAUACUACAUCUGCUCCCUCUCACUCAGGACGGUGGUCUACAAGGGUCAAUUUACCGCCGAUCAAUUGUGGCUAUACUUCACUGAUCUGAAGAAUCCCAAAUUUGAGACUUAUCUCGCUCUGGUACACACGCGAUUCUCAACUAAUACAUUCCCAAGUUGGGAGAGAGCUCAUCCUUUGAGGAUGCUCGCACACAACGGAGAAAUUAAUACUCUCCGUGGCAACGUAAAUGCUAUGAAGGCCCGUGAGGGUGUUAUGAAGAGUGAUAUUUACGGUGAUAAACUCAAGGAUUUGUAUCCAGUUGUUGAGCCAAAUCUCUCAGACUCUGGAUGUGCUGAUUGUGUACUCGAGUUUCUAGUCAUGGCUGGUGAACGUACCUUACCCGAGGCAGUGAUGACAAUGGUCCCAGAAGCGUGGCAGAAUGAUCUGACAAUGGCAACGGAGAAGCGUGAUUUCUACCACUGGGCUGCAUGCGCAAUGGAACCCUGGGACGGACCAGCUCUUCUCACCUUCACCGAUGGCCGCUAUGUCGGAGCUAUUUUGGACAGAAAUGGCCUGCGCCCAUCGCGCUUCUACGUCACUAAGGAUAACAUGAUGGUGAUGGCGUCUGAAGUGGGCGUCUAUGACACUCCGCCCAGCAAUGUUGUCCUGAAGAGUCGUCUGAAGCCUGGCAGAAUGCUGCUGGUUGACACUGAAGAGAAAACAAUUAUCCAGGAUGUUGAGCUGAAACUGCAAAUUGCCAGGAGUAGGCCACAUUCUAAAUGGCUCAAGGAGCAGAGGAUUUCACUGGAUGACCUCCGGGCAGCGCACAUUGCCGUGGAGAAUGGCGUCGAGAACGGUCACACCAAUGGUCUGGGUAUCACCAACGGUCUGAAUGUCCCAAGCGUUCUCAACAGAGCCCUGGAAGCGGAUAGACGUCUAGGUCUCUACAGCUAUACCAUCGAAACCAUAAAUCUGCUGCUAAUUCCCAUGAUCAACACUAAGAAGGAAGCUCUUGGAUCUAUGGGAAACGACGCUCCUCUAGCCUGCCUCUCCCAGUUUCAGCCUCUGAUCUACGAUUACUUCAAGCAAUUGUUCGCGCAGGUAACGAAUCCUCCGAUAGAUCCCUUCAGGGAGAAGAUUGUGAUGUCUCUGCUGUGUCCAAUCGGUCCUGAGAGCAAUAUCCUGAAGCCUGACGAGCGCCAGGUUCACAGAUUGUUCCUUCCAAAUCCGAUUCUCUCUCUGCAUGAUCUAGAGGUUAUUAAACACACGAGCUAUCGUGGCUGGAGGACUAAAGUCAUCGAUGUGACUUAUGAGAGAGCGCUUGGACCAUCCGGACUGCUCAAGACCCUUGAUCGCAUCAAUGAGGAGGCUAAUCAAGCUGCGAAGGAGGGGUACCAGUUGAUCGUCCUUUCUGAUCGUCUUGGAGGGCCUGAAAGAAUCCCUGUGUCCAUGGGGCUCGCGCUUGGAUCUACUCACCAUUUUUUGAUUGAGGAAAGACAGAGGAUGAAGGUGGGGUUGAUCGUUGAGACUGCUGAAGCCAGGGAGGUCCAUCACAUGUGUGUGUUGCUCGGGUAUGGAGCUGAUGCCAUCUGCCCUUAUUUAGUACUGGAGAUUGCCAGGGGACUGAGAGAUGAAGGGGUUAUUGACUCUGAGAUGACUGACGAGAUUAUGGCGAAAAACUAUGCUGAGGCGAUGGAAAGGGGACUGGCUAAGGUCAUGGCAAAGAUGGGCAUCUCGACACUUCAGUCGUACAAGAGUGCCCAGAUCUUUGAGGCUGUGGGAUUGGCUGAUACUGUUAUUGAGAAGUGCUUCAAGGGAACGCCAUCACGAAUUGGAGGAGUAGACUUUGAAGUCUUGGCAAAAGAAGGCUACGAGCGUCACUCCCUGAUGUUCCACGAGCAGAUGGUCGAUUGUCACAUCCUCCGCAAUCCAGGUAUCUACCACUGGCGAGCGGGAGGAGAAAAGCACAUAAACGACCCCCAGAGCAUUGCAAAUCUCCAAGAAGCAGUUGAGCUGAAAUCCUCCAACGCCUACGAGAACUACAGAAAAUCCACAAUGGAAUCUGUAAAAGCUUGCACCCUCCGAGGACAACUGGAGCUUCGUAAAUCUAAUCAUCCAGUUCCUAUUGAAGAAGUUGAAGCAGCAUCAGAGAUUGUGAAACGAUUUGCCACAGGUGCAAUGAGUUUUGGAAGUAUCUCCCUUGAGGCCCACACUACCCUGGCCGUUGCGAUGAACCGUAUCAGUGGAAAAUCGAACACUGGAGAAGGUGGUGAGAACGUCGACAGAUACUUGAACCAAAAUCCAGACUUUAACAAACGCUCUGCAAUAAAACAAGUGGCAAGUGGAAGAUUUGGAGUGACUUCGAGCUAUCUCGCAAACGCUGAUGAUCUGCAGAUCAAAAUGGCGCAGGGGGCUAAACCAGGAGAAGGAGGGGAGCUUCCUGGUUACAAGGUGACAGCUGACAUUGCAGCUACUCGUCACUCAGUUCCAGGGGUAGGGUUAAUCUCCCCACCACCUCACCACGACAUCUACUCCAUCGAAGAUCUAGCUGAAUUAAUUUACGAUCUUAAAUGUGCAAACCCCAAUGCCAGAAUCUCUGUUAAACUAGUGUCUGAGGUGGGAGUGGGAGUGGUGGCUGCUGGAGUUGCCAAGGGGAAGGCUGAGCAUGUGGUGAUCUCUGGGCAUGAUGGAGGCACUGGAGCCAGUAGUUGGACUGGGAUCAAGGCUGCAGGAUUACCUUGGGAGCUGGGAGUCGCUGAGACUCAUCAGAUUUUGACUCUGAAUAAUCUGAGAUCAAGAAUGAUUGUACAGGCUGAUGGACAGCUGAGGACGGGUUUCGAUGUUAUCGUUGCAGCUCUUCUCGGGGCUGAUGAAUUUGGGUUUAGUACUGCUCCACUAAUCGCCAUGGGAUGCACAAUGAUGAGGAAGUGCCAUUUGAACACUUGUCCUGUGGGAAUUGCUACUCAAGAUCCCGUGCUCAGAAAGAAGUUUGCGGGGAAGCCUGAGCAUGUUAUCAACUUUUUCUUCAUGCUAGCUGAAGAGAUACGAGGUCACAUGGCAUCUCUCGGAGUCCGUAAAUUCCAGGACCUAAUUGGUCGCACGGAUCUUCUCCGAAUGCGUGAAGACAUCAUCAUCUCCAAAGCAAAAAUGUUAGACCUCUCAAACGUUCUUCGUUCCGCCCUCGAACUCCGGCCAGGUGCCAACAUUCGUGGGGGUAGCAUAAAACAAGACUUCCAACUGGAAAACCGUCCCGAUAACAUCCUCAUCGAGGAGGCCAAGCUCAUUCUCAACAAUAACCUGAAAAAAGUAAACAUUGACAUGACAAUAAACAACGAGACCCGAGCAUUUGGCUCCACCCUGAGCUAUUAUAUCUCGAAGCAGUUGGGUGAGAAAGGUCUUCCAGAGGGUAGCAUUAACAUUCGUUUGAAGGGUUCUGCAGGUCAGAGUUUCUGUGCGUUUCUUACUAAUGGAAUUCACGUAACUCUGGAAGGAGACGCCAACGAUUAUGUCGGCAAGGGUCUGUGUGGUGGUGAGAUUGUCAUCUACCCCUCGAAGGAAUCAGAAUUCUUGUCAGAAGCUAAUGUGAUCGUGGGAAAUGUCUGUUUAUAUGGAGCAACAUCAGGCAAGGCGUAUUUCAGAGGAAUAGCAGCCGAACGAUUCAGUGUUCGAAAUUCUGGCGCAGUAGUGGUGGUUGAAGGAGUCGGAGAUCAUGGUUGUGAGUACAUGACCGGAGGUUGUGCAGUCAUCUUAGGACUAACUGGCAGAAACUUUGCUGCCGGAAUGUCUGGAGGAAUCGCUUACGUGUUGGAUGUCGAUGGCUCCUUCAAGAGCAAGUGCAAUCCAGAAAUGGUGGAACUGCUUCCUCUGAACAAACCCGAGGAUAUUAAAUACGUUAAAAAACUACUCGAAGAGUUUGUCGAGAAGACUGGAUCACUAAUCGCUGAGGAUCUCCUCGUGACGUGGCCUGAACCCACAACGAGGUUCGUCAAGGUAUUCCCUUAUGAGUAUCAGCGAGCUCUUCAGCAAAUGACAGAGGCUGAAGAGAGUCCUGAGCCUGUGCUGAAUGGAAAGGAGAAUGGAUCACCUAUUAAAGAUAUUGAGGACUCGAUCGAAGAUGGCGAUCUAGCUCAGAAGAAAUUGGAUAAGAUUAAAGGAUUCAUGAAGUAUAAACGUCAUCCUGCGAAUUAUCGGCCAGUAGAGAAGAGGUUGGAGGACUGGAAUGAGAUUUACAACUUUCAGGGAGUUCGUAAAGGUCUGAAGGUUCAAGCAGCCAGAUGCAUGGAGUGCGGAGUGCCGUUCUGUCAGAGUAGCUAUGGAUGCCCCCUGGGAAAUAUUAUUCCUAAAUGGAACGACUUAGUAUUCCAAUCAAACUGGCAAGAAGCUCUUCGACAACUCCUCCAGACAAACAAUUUCCCUGAGUUCACUGGGCGAGUCUGUCCAGCCCCGUGUGAGGGCGCUUGUGUUCUAGGUAUCUCUGAACCCCCAGUCACUAUCAAGAAUAUCGAAUGUGCAAUUAUCGAUCAUGCAUUUGAGCAGGGCUGGAUCAUUCCCUGUCCACCAUUAUCCAGAACCGGUAAACGAAUUGCUAUUGUGGGGAGUGGCCCAGCUGGACUAGCCGCUGCCCAGCAGCUCAACAAGGCUGGUCACGUGAUCACUGUCUUCGAGAGAAAUGACAGGGUGGGGGGACUGCUGCAGUAUGGGAUUCCUACCAUGAAGCUGUCGAAGCAAGUGGUGCAGAGGAGAGUCUCGUUGAUGGCUGCUGAGGGGAUUGUAUUCAAGACUGGAGUUAAUGUUGGAAAGGAUAUUACGGGUGAAGAGUUGAAACAGGAGUUUGAUGCUGUAUUGUUGUGCACUGGUGCCACAUGGCCCAGAGAUUUGCCCAUUCCUGGAAGGGAUCUGGAAGGAAUUCACUUUGCUGUGAGUUUCUUGGAGCACUGGCAGAAAAAGCAGAUGGGGAGUGAUGCACCUUUGAAUAUGAAACUCAUGGCUAAGGACAAGGAUGUUAUUAUUAUUGGGGGCGGAGAUACUGGCUGUGAUUGCAUUGCUACGAGUUUGAGGCAAGGCGCCAAGUCCAUUACUAGUUUCGAGAUUCUUCCUGAGCCCGGGGAGAAGAGGGCAAACGAUAACCCUUGGCCACAGUUCCCGAGAGUAUUCAAGGUUGAUUAUGGACAUGAGGAGGUAGCGCUCAAAUUUGGUGGGGAUCCCAGGCAGUUCAGUACACUGAGCAAGGAGUUCUUGGAUGAUGGUACGGGAAAUGUCGCGGGGAUCAGGACGGUCACAGUAGAGUGGACGAAGGAUGAGGCAGGCAGGUGGAAGAUGGCAGAGGUCGAAGGUUCGGAGAAGAUUUACAAGUGCAAUCUUGUGCUAUUGGCAAUGGGAUUCUUGGGACCGGAGAAGUAUAUUGCAGAGGAACUUAAGAUAAAGUUGGACGGAAGGGGGAAUUACGAGACACCUGGAGGGAAAUAUUCAACGAGUUUGGACGGGAUUUACGCAGCUGGAGACUGCAGACGAGGACAGUCACUCGUUGUGUGGGCAAUAUCUGAGGGCCGUCAAGCAGCUCGUGAGAUUGAUUACGCUCUGAUGGGUCGCACAACACUACCAGGUCCAGGUGGAAUAAUCUCUCACGUUGAUCAAGAUUCUUCCUAAUCACUCAAAUAAGGAAAGCGAAAAUUCUUUUUACAUUAAAAGCCAUAGUUCUAGAUAACUAAGCUGACAUGUUUACAAUUUAAAGGUUACUCCAGCAGAAAAGUGCGAAGCGCAUUUGAAAACUUUCUUUUCAAUAGUGAUUUCGUAGUGAAUUGAUUCAUCACUGUCUAAAAUGUGCUAUUGAUUUUCAGGGUUUUUUUCAAAUUUUCAAUUAUUGAAACAAAACUGUUUUUCACGUCAUAUCUAGAGCCUUUGAUGGCUAGUGGCUUACCGACUAGGCACACUAUUUGUUCUUUCUCAAGUAUCAUUGAGGGUCUUCAUUACAACCAAAAGAAACCAAAACAAUUACAUAUUCGAUUAACGAAUAGAAUUUAUAGGCCAAUUAAUAAGGGACAAUUAUAUUAUUGUAAUUUUCACAGAAAGACGAAAAGAAUUUUACAAUCUCGUAUUGAGAGCAUAUUAAACGGAUUCCCACUCAAUUUUCCAGAAAAAAAAUUUAUAAUACAAAAUUUCGGAAAACUCAAAUAAUGAAAUUUAAUAUUCUAAAUAAUGAUUUUUCAUCGAUAAAAAAGAGUCAAUAGAUGAAUGUGUUUUCAUAUACUUUUAACUGGUUUCUACAGAACAUUUUUCGUUCACUUGAUUACACGAAACGCUUAAAUCAAUUAAAAAAAAUGAAAAUCCAAUAAAAUAUAUUAUCAAUACUAUACUUAGUGUAGAGAGUGGGGUAGAGACUCACACAUUAUAUAUAUAUAUGUAUAAAUAGUUUACUGCUUUGAAAGAGACAGAUUUAUUCAAAGUUUUGAAUUUUUAAUAUGUACGCAGGUUCGAUUAUUCAGUCUUUCAAAUGAGGAAAAUCAUUAUUGUAUUACCUGUUUAGCAAGUAGGCUAGAUGUAUUUCUAUUUUAUGUUAUUCUACAUUAAUGGGAAUUUUUUUAGUACGUAUCCGUUAAUCUUCUUUUCCCACGCCUACCUUCUAUUUUUUGUUUUAAUUUUGAUAGUUUUCAAUCAGUUACUGUAACGCGAAUGUUAGAAAAGAUAUUGAGCAUUCAAGUAGCGUGCUUAUUUAUUAUUUAUUGAUGAUAGCCCGAAAGAAAAUUGAUAUGAGAAUGAAAAUUAUAAAAAUUGUCGCGGUUUUGGUUCUUUGUCCUACUUUUUCUCGAUAUUUCAUGAGUAUUAACCGCGUGGAUUACUUUAUCAAGUAUAUUACUGAGACAAUAAAAUUAUAAUAUCAAAUGUUA